AUGUGGACACAUAUUCAUAUAAAUAUGAACGCGGAAAGUACUCUGUGUGACCAGGGAACGAAGCGCUCGUCCUACCGAGCCAACCCGCUGCAGCAACGCCAGCAGCAGUGUGUGGGAUAUGCACUAGCAGGGAGACCUGCAGCUGCCGCAGUAGGGGCCACGCCAUCGCCAGCAAACGCAGAAGCCUCUGACGCAGCAGCUCCAAAGAGGUUUUUCAUUCGUCUGCGAAGCAGCAGCAACAACAACUACAAUGCCGCUGCAGGCAGCAGCGGCGACACGCGCAACACCAGCAGCACCGGCGAUUGUAAGAAGUUUGCAGGUGGCGCUGAGCCCGCAAGUCUCCAGCAUGCGGCGAAAGGGCUUCGUACGCGUAGAGGAUGCGCAUCAGCAGCGGCGAAGCAGCCGCAGGCAGACCAGUUGGGUGACCCUGUGAUAGCUGCUGCUGCUAUUGCAGAAGAGCAACGGCUUCUGGCUGCUGGCAUUGCUGCAGAAGCUACACGGGGCCCUCCGCGCAAGCUGGUGUCCCGUCGCGUCCCCCAUGGGAAUCAUAAAGGCUGGGAUCCUUCCCUCUCCUACGAAGUACAACGCAUCUCGGCAGAACGCGAUUGUUGGUUCUACGGCUGGUGUUCGUUGGGUCGUUGUGUCACUCUCCUGCCCCCGGCGCAACUGCUACCCAUUUUUGCAAGUGAGCGUUUGAGUCUGCCGUCCUUAUUUGCGCUAGUCCUUCCCUGCUUUUGGAGUGGCUUGCCGCAGGCCAUGCUAGGAGACAGAGACCGCGUCCAAUUCUACAAGGAGGCCAUAUGCUGGCAGGGCCCCGCGCAGCCACGGCAACACCAGCUGCUGCCGUUCCACCAGGCGACGCCGCGCGACCAACCGGGGCCGUUGCCGCACCAUAGAACAGCGCAGGAUCAACAGCAGCAGCCUAGCGAGAUGAUGAGCCGGAGUCAGGUGAAUGGGCUCCGUGUGUUGGAAAUCGGCUGCGGACCUCUUGCGCUGUUGUCCCUUCUCGCGGUUCAACAAGGGGCGGCUCACGUUGACGCCUUGGAGCAAAUAGGCGUGAACGCCCUGCAGCCGCAAAUGCAUGACCUAGAGGAACCGCAGAGGCCGAAGCUCCGUGUUUUUAGGUGUUACUCGAAACUUUUCCCUCUGAUGCCGUGGGGCGCCACUGCUGGUUCUGCUCUCAAGGCACCCUCUGCCUCUAUGCCGCUCCCAUUGGUUGCUGAUGCAAGAGCAGCUUCCCCAGCCGCUGCUGCUCCUGGUUCUUUGGUUGUCCUGCGAGGUUCCAAGACUGAGGAAGCAGCAGCCGGAACCACUGCGACUGCUGCUUCACGUGCUGAGGUUGUCGUCGCGGGUGACUUUGCUGAUGCAGGCAAGCCCAUAACUCCUCAUGCUAGUAGCGGCACGACGGUCUGUGCUUCCAUUUCCGCCUCCUCUUGGGCUCCUGCAACCGCAUCCGCGCCACCCUCUCCUGCAGUGGUUGCUGAUCCGCCAACUGACCAUCAGGGGCAGCAGGAGCAGUACAAGGGUGAGCUGUAUGACAUGGUGCUCCAUGAAAUUCUAGGAGACUUUGCCUCGCAGGAGGGGGCAGCCGACGUAAUUAGGGACAUCCAGGAGAGGACGGGCAUGAUUCCCCGAAGCAUUCCAUUUGCUGCCAGGACGUUUGUUGGCGUAUCUGAACUGCCUUCUCCCUGCUGCAUCAAAUGCCCCGUGCGUCAAUUUAGCGCGAAAGCAAUGAGUCUCCACCCCAUUAGCAUGGCAUAUAGAGCCUAUAAGCUCCACGCAUGUUGGGCUCCAGUUGCGACAGCUUCCCGGGUCGUUGCUGCUGCGGACAUUACUGCUGAGCCUCUUCCGAUUGUUGGCUAG